UUUUUUUUACUAUGGUAGAGAUUAUAGAAUUGUACCUGACAACAGCAAUUGAUUUAAUUCUGAUUGGGUAUUAUUUGUAUUUAUUUUUUCACCAAGGGAGGCAAAGCCAUGUCAAGCUUCCUUUGAUGGCUGGUUUGAUCUCACACAAAACUGCACUAUAUUUAUUCAUUUAACACACACAUAGAAUCUCACACUGAAUGGUGGUUUAUUGUCAUCACAUGUAGCUCUUUCUCCCUCCUCAAAUUCCUGAGGAGGCGCUGCCUCCCCUGACGAGCUGCGACUGUCUAGGUGUUGAAAAUGUUCGGAGCUCCAGUGGAUUUAUCUUUUAAUGAUAUCGGCAAUUUGGAAGAUGCCUGGACAGAAGAACCCAGGAGUGGUCUGCGGCCCAUCAAGAGAACUUCAGAGUCAAAGUACCAAAGCCACUGCCUGCGUCUUAAUAACAACAACAUUGUUGAACUUCAUGGCCUCCAGAAGACUAUUAAAUACUUCCUGGCUGAGCCAUUACAGCUUGCCUGGCUCGACCUUUCAUUCAACAAAAUCACUCACAUAGACCCUAUUUUGAGUGAGCUGCGUGAACUGCACGUGUUGUAUCUUCACGGUAACGGCAUUUAUAUUCCGUCAGAGGUAGAGAGACUGGGAGUGCUGCCACAUCUACACACCAUCACUCUACACGGAAAUAUCAUAGAAGCCGACAAAAAUUACAGGAAUCACGUGAUUACUACUCUGCCUCGGUUGAAGACCAUGGACUUCAGUGCUGUGACACGGCAGGAGCGAAUCAUGGCAAACCUCUGGCAUCAGAGCAACAGCCGCAGCAGACGUGGCAAGAAACCUGCCCAGUGACUGCUGGUUCAUUGGCACUGUGGUGUGUUGAAAUCAGUUUCAUCAAAAUUUACUUGUCCACUGCAGAAAAAUCUCUGAAAUAUUUAAUGAACUUUAUCUGGUGAUAUCAGAUUUUUUCUUCUA